ACACCGUUUAUGACAGAACAAUGGCCGCCGCCAUGGCACAGGCACUCGCCGCCAACUCCAACAUGGCCUCCGACAAGGCACAGAUGCGCCUCUACCUCGACACACUCAAGGCCAUGGUGCCUCAGUGUCCCAAGAACCGCAAGGUGUCCAGACAGGAGCUCAUCGAGCACGUCAUCGACUACAUCAGCGACCUUCAGGACACCCUUCAGUCCGACUCGGACUCCGACAGUCGUCCAGGGAGUCCUAUGGACGCCGUCGCUUUCAGCGACUCCUUCAACCAGCAACCACAAUAUGGCGGUUAUGGCCUUCAACCCGACCAGUACUCCCUCGCCAACCAAGGUUUCUACUCCAGCGACAACGACAAUGUUCUUCAUCAACCUCAACUCGGAAGCACUUUCCCCCAUGGAUGCUACUCCAUCAACUCUGCUUCCAGUAAUUUCGUCAGUGCCAGCAGUUCCUACAGUGGCUACAGCGCAGACUACAGCAGUGGCUACAGCAGUGAUGGCAGCAACUGUAGCUCGUACAGUUCUGGAUCCAACGGCUGCAUUGUCCUUCAUUGUCCCCUAAUUACCCAGUGGCUUGCGUCAUUCCAUGAGCUGGGCGUAAGGAUCGAUGUAAUGGCCCACCUGACCAUCCCAGAACAGUCACUUAAUCGCACAGAAGUAAUAUUUAAUCACCUUGUUGACAGAUAUUAUGUCUUGGAGAGCAACGGCUGCAUUGUCCUUCGUUGUCCCCUAAUUACCCCAGUGGCUUGCGUCAUUCCAUGA